UUAUCACUAAUCACUGUUUACCUGACUUUUUUAUACAUAAAACCCACACAUUACCCCUAACUUCCACAUAAAUCCUGUUCUUUAUUUUUUUUCUUGAGAGACAGUGUGUGUGAGAGAGAGCUGGUGAGAAUACAGCAAUGGAGAUGUCAAGAUUUGGGCUGGUGCUUGCUUGUUCUGUGUUAAUGGUGGUGAUGAUGAUGCCAUGUGAAGUUGAAGCUAAGAGAUGGACUGUUGGUGGGAACAAAGGAUGGACUUCAAAUGUUAAUUACACUAUUUGGGCUCAAGAUAUCCAGUUUUACAAAGAUGAUUGGCUCUUCUUUGUGUAUGAUAGGAACCAACAGAAUGUGUUGCAAGUUAACAGGACUGAUUACGAGUCUUGCAAUGAAAACAACCCCAUUCACAGUUGGACCACUGGAGCCGGUAGAGAUGUUGUCCCACUCAAUGUGACAAAGCAUUACUACUUCAUCAGUGGACAUGGUUUCUGCUACGGAGGAAUGAAAUUAGCUGUUCAUGUCAUAAACCCACCACCACCACCAAGAGCAUCUCCAAUUAAGAGUGACAGUGCUCCAUCAGCUAGUUUUGGUCUCCGAUCUGCAAUGGCUUUUGUGGCAGCAUGGACAUUUGCGUCCCAAUUGUUUUAGUUUGUGAAAUCGUCUCUCUAAUCACUAUUGCUAAUUUAUCAAAUUGGUUCAUUGAAGAGUAAUCAUCUGUUGUGAUCAUUUGUGUUACAAAAAAUUUGUUGUAGUUGUGAAAUCAAAAAAGCUUUUGUGAUGUUUAAAUUUUUACUGUUUCUGCUGA